GUCAAAAGUAAACGUCAGACCGCUGAACAUUGCUUGCAGUUUUACACAGUACACUUCUAUUAAUUUACAAAGUGCAAUAUUUUGUUCUUUGUUCUCACUUCGUUAUUUAAAUUAAAACUAAAAUUUACUCAUACAAUUAACAAAAGUUGAUAUUUUCUAAGAACAGAAGAGAAUAAUCAUGUUAAAGUUUGAAAUAGUUUCUUCAAGAACAGUAGAAGGUUUUGAAAAUGAAAAGAAAUUCGUAGCUUAUAUGGUGCAAGCAAGGCAGGCUACUGAAUCCAGAGUGCUGGAUCCAGACCCCGCGAACGUUGAGAGGCGAUACACUCACUUCUUGGACCUGUACAACGGCUUGAAGAAGGAAUUUCCAGCUUUGUUAAGCAAUAUUUCAUUCCCUAGAAAGAUUGUGGUUGGUAAUUUUGACCCAAACUUGAUUUCCUCCCGAUGUGCUGCAUUUGAGUCACUGUUAGAUUUGAUAGCAAGUGAAUCCCGCCUCCGGGACUCCCCGGCUGCUAUCACAUUUUUCAAGGACAUUGAGCUAAAUGAAGCUAAAAGACUCAUCAAUGAUGGCAAGUUUGACCAAGCACUCUCAGUGUUGGAAACAAGUUUCAAAUUAUUAAACAAGGUAUAUACGGAUAGAUCGCGCGUGGUACUUGGCGCGCUGUGCCGUAUCGUGGCCUGUGCGGGCGCAAGUGAUGGUACUCUCGCCGGACCUGUAGAGCGCUGGGCACAACUUGCUCUGAAGCGUUAUGAAGCCGUCAGCGACUCCGACCUGCUUCUCAUAUACAUACCACUUCUCCACACUUGUAUUUCUAUUUGGGAGACGCUCGGCCGAGAUAAGUCGAAGUUAGUGGAGGAACUGAAUGAUCUCCGCCGGCGCGGAAUGAAGGUAGACUCAGUGCCAAGCCUCAUGGAGGCCGUAGACAGCCUUACCACCACAGACUAGAGAUCUAAGGAGAGGUUUAUCACAUUUUAAUCACAUUAUUUCUUUUGACAAUUUACAUCUGUACUGCAGUAUUUUUUGGACCAACAAUUUUAUAUUCAAUAAUCUGCUUGUUGCUGGAUUACCAAUGCAAGAAUAGUCCAUACAUUAUACAAUUUGUGCGAAAAUCAAAUCGUACUAAGUGAGAAUCAUUCACACAAAUAGCGAUUAGAUCAUGCGAUGUGCGUACGUAUUGAACUUCGUAAGCUAACUCGUGAUGUUGGUAGUUCCAUCAUAAUCCGACAGAUGGCAUUAAACAAAAAUGUUGCUAGUUUAUUUGGUGGUAUUAAAAUUUUAAAUGAUCUGAUUUAUCUGUGCAGUGCCGGCGUAAGGGCCACUGACACCCCGGGCGAAAAUAUUGUGGCGCCCACUUGAGGGAAGCCAUAUCAAGUGUUAGUAAUAGUUUUUCAUUUUAUUGGCGCCCCCCAGACUUUGUCGCCCUGGGCCAUCGGCCCAUCACGCCCCCCAACGCCGGUACUGUAUCUGUGUAUGCUGGUAGAUUAAGAACAGUGAGCUUUUUGGAUUUAUUAAAUCAAAUGUUAUAUUGUGAUAGGCAAAGUAAGUAGCGAUUGAUAAUGAACAUUUCUGUGGCCAAAUUUCUAAAUUUUGGCUGACACAUUCUUAGAAAGAAGACGGAUACUAGAAUUUUGUAACGACACAGAUUCGUUUAAUCUAAUAGACAAACACCACUCUUAUUCUUUAGACAUAUAGUGAAUAUUACGUAAAUUAGAUAUUUUAUUUGUAAAUGUUUGCAUACUCGACAUUGUAUUGGCUGGUAUCUCAUUAGUUUUUAAGUAUAGUUUUUGUAUUUGUUUAAAUCAUUUAUCAAUUUAUAUUUUAUAGAGGAAAAAGUAAAUUAUUAUUAUCUGUGUGUUUAAGUAUAAUAAUAAUAAGUGAGAUAUAGCUGUUGAUAGUUUUUAGAGAGAAACAAUUGAAUUGGACUCGAUUUUAUCAAUUUUCUAAUGUAAUCUGAGGGUUUUAAGGUUUAUUGAUCUACAUUUUUUUAACGAUCAUGGCAUUUUAUUAUUAGAACAUUUUAAAUAAACGGUAUAUUAAAGCAUUUUACCUUUUAACGCAGUAUGGGAUGCUAUAGCUAUGUAAUGGGAAUCAGCUUGUCAAUUUUAUAAAUAAGAGCUUACAAUAUACUAGAAAAUUUUCCAAAAUGCUCCCAUUAUUACAAUUUUAUUAUUAUGAAGCUUUAAUGUGUUUAAAAUGAUAUUUCAGUCUAGUCUUAUUCACAAAAAGUAGGUAUAUAUGUAACAUCUAUACCUGUAAUAGCUUUACAACUGCAUUAUAAUUAUUCAAGGGUCAAUUACAUAUGAUAGCAAUUAACAAUUUAUAAUCGACACAAGAAUAUGCAUGGCCUGAUAAAUUUUACUCAAUUUUUACAAUAUAGCUUCGAUUUUAAUAUAUAAUAUAUAAAAGUGUGCAAUAAGCGAAAAAUAUAGGCAUAAUAAAGUGAUUUAAUUAAAAAAAAAACGUUUUGUACUAAUGUAAUUAGUAUCAUGCGAGUAUGUGAUCGUUAUUAUGGUAUAAUUUUAACAUCUAAAUAUGUAAUUAAAAAAAUAUAUAUAAAAAAUAAGUAUGGAAUUAUGAAGGUAGCUUCAUAAUUCCGUAUUUUCAUAGUUCAGUAUUUUUUUCACCUCCUUUCACGUUGGUUUUAUUACAUUAUUGGUGAAAAAUGGCCCCUGCUAAUAUUUACUUGGAAUAUCAUCAAAUAAUCGUCCACAGCCCGCUACAGUUCAAUACUGGAUUAUACUCCUUUACAUAAUUGUUUCUAGUCUGCCAUAAUCUACUUUACAUGCUUGGCGUCAUUCGGCCAAGCUGUGUUGAACAUCGGAGCUUGAAAUUUCUUUCUUGCAAUAACCAUACGCACCAUAUCCUAUUUUAACACUUUAAAAAAAAAAAGAAGAAUGAAUAAUUACAUUUGAAGAAAAAACAACAAAUGAGCAAAAAAGAAAAAAAAACAUUUACCGCCGUACUCAGAGUCAUUUAAUGGUUACUUAACCCAGUCCUCAGCAAUUGUUUUCGAUACAUAAUCGUUACUAAGGAAUAGUUUAAGUAAUCAUUAAAUGUCUCUGAGUGUGGCAGAUAAAAAUAUAACCAUAAUAACGAUCACCAUAUUUAUGUUACACAGAGAACUCGAAUGUAUGUUUUUUUUUAUAAUUUAUAUAUCUGUAUUUAAUCAGUUUGUUUAUAAGCGGAUAGACAUUUCUAUGAUAUUAAUGCUAAUGUUAAGAUGACUGAUAUUUUAUAAAUUUGUAGCCAUUGUAGAAAAUAAUAAAAAAUUGUAUACAGACUCAA